GAUUUUAUUAAAUAGAUAAUAAUAUAAUUACUUACUUUAAAAAAUACACAAUGUUUUCAAGGAAAUUUAUUAAUUUGGUCAAAUUAAAUCGUAACUUAGGCUCAAAGAAAAUUCUCAGUUUUCCCAUUACUCCCUUACAAAGACAAGAGCGACGAUACAAAGGUGAUUUAUAUGAGCCAGACUAUCUAAUUAGUAUGCAGCCAGAUGAACCUAUUUACGAUUGCCUAAACUUACAAAUAAAAGGCUAUGAUUUUGUAUUGCUUGAAUCUUGCCAGAAGGAAAUACACAGAUAUGCCGAAGUGAUGGGAAUCCAAGUUGAGGAAAGUUGGGCGACACCAGCACAACAGUUAAAUGUACAAAGAUUUAAGCCAGGAAGCACAGCUGUUGAAUCCGAUUAUCACCUCAAGAUAUAUGAAAGAAAUGUACAGGUAGUAGAUGUUCCUGCGUGGGCGCUCGGUACACUGCUUCGAGUAUCACGUGCCUUACUCCCUGAAGGAUGUACGCUAAGUGUACACGAGCACGCACCGGAACACGAGGAAGUACGAUACGUCCCCGACAAUGAAUUGAUUGAACUUAAACAACAAUUAGAUGUUAUGGGAGGUAGCCGCCCUGAAAAGAAAAAGAAAAAAUAGUUACUUAAAAGUUAUUUAUUAUUGUUUUGUAAGUAGUCAUUUAGAAUCUAAAUAAAAAUAUUAAAGAUUUUACUGCA